CGGAGAUGCUGCCGUGGAAGAAGCACAAGUUCGAGCUGCUGGCCGAGGCGCCGCCGCGGCAGGCGUCCAAGCCUAAGGGCUACGCGGUGAGCCUGCACUACUCGGCGCUCAGCUCGCUGGCUCGGGCGUGCCCUGAAGGCGCGCUCAGCCGGGUGGGCAGCAUGUUCCGCUCCAAGCGCAAAAAGCUCCACAUCACUAGCGAGGACCCCACGUACACCGUGCUCUACCUAGGCAACGCCACCACCAUCCAGGCGCGCGGUGACGGCUGCACCGAUCUGGCCGUGGGCAAGAUCUGGAGCAAGAGUGAGGCGGGCCGGCAGGGCACUAAGAUGAAGCUGACGGUGAGCGCGCAGGGCAUCCGCAUGGUGCACGCCGAGGAGCGCGCUCUGCGCCGCCCGGGCCACCUCUACCUGCUGCACCGGGUCACCUACUGCGUGGCGGACACGCGGCUGCCCAAGGUCUUUGCCUGGGUGUACCGGCACGAGCUGAAGCACAAGGCGGUCAUGCUGCGCUGCCACGCGGUGCUCGUGUCCAAGCCCGAGAAGGCACAGGCCAUGGCCCUGCUGCUCUACCAGACGUCGGCCAACGCGCUCGCGGAGUUUAAGCGCCUCAAGCGGCGGGACGAUGCGCGCCACCAGCAGCAGGAGCUGGUGGGCGCUCACACCAUUCCGCUGGUGCCGCUGCGCAAGCUGCUCCUGCACGGCCCCUGCUGCUACAAGCCGCCAGUGGAGCGCAGCCGCAGCGCGCCCAAGCUCGGCUCCAUCACCGAGGACCUGCUGGGCGAACAGCAGGAGCAGGAGCUGCUGGAAGAGGCAGAGGAGCACGCCGAGGGCUGCCUGGAGGAAGAGGAGGAGGAGGACGGUAACCGAGCAGGGGAGGGGGACCAGGCUGCUCUGGAGGAGGAGGACGAGGAGGAGACCAAAGCGCCGAGGGCGCUGGUGGUGGCCAUGCAUUUCGAAUGUGGGGACUUGUUGGACACGUUGGACAGUGGCCGCGAGGAGGCGCUAGGGGGACCUGGCGCUGGGCCGCCGCCUCUGUUAUUGGGCAGCGCCUCCUCCGACGUGAAGGCCGAGCUGUCGCAGCUCAUCAGCGACCUGGGGGAGUUCAGUUUCGGCAACGAUGUGCGCAGCUUGCAGGCUGACUUGCGGGUGACGCGCCUGCUGUCGGGAGAGAGCACGGGUAGCGAGAGCUCCAUUGAAGGUGGGGGCGCAGAUGCCAGCGCGGCCCCGGCUGCUGGGGACCGGCCCUGCCCGCUCAUGGGUGCCAGCUCAGACCAGACCCCUUCGGGCUGAGAUGUCUCGGCAGUGUUCUGUGUGCCCUCUGGCGCCCCACCACAAGGCUCCAUCCAUCAUCACUACCACUUCCCAACCCCCAGUCUUUCCCCGGAAUAGGGGACAUGGGCCUCUCAAGACUCAGUGUCCCCCCGGCCCUUUUGGUCAACACUUGGUACUGUUCGAAGUGGGGCUCAGGUUACUUGUGGGUUCCACGGUUACAGGCAAGGAGGGUCAGGAAAGGACCCACAGAGGCUAGAGGUGCCUGUGGCUCGGUCAGUUUCCUGUUUGUGGAGCAGCUCUGGCCUGCAGACUGGCAGAACUUCCUCCCCUUCCCCUCCAGCCUGGAGGCCCUGACACUGACUUAUCAUUGAAAACAAAGAGUUUGCCCUCGCAAUGUUUGAGGCUCUAAAGCCACCUCCUUGCCCCCAGUCUUUCUGGUGCACGAACUUGGGUUGUUUACCUCAGAAUCAGACCCUUUGAAAUUCUGCCAAAUUCUUCAGAUAACUGUUUUGUGGCGGGGAUGAAAAUAAAGUUGCAUUUUGUUUACA